AUGCCACACGGCGAGGAUGCGACGACCGCGCCGGACGACGCGCCAACUGGUCAACGAGCGGCCGCGGAAGGCGGCGAGCCGAGCGGACACAGUCCCGGAUGGGGCUCGCCGGUGUGGCAGGCGGACAGCGACGCGGAGGAGGAGGAUUCGGCGCGGAGCGGGAAGGCGGCGCGAAAGUCGUCAAUCUCGCACAUCCUCACUCCCGACGGCAAAGCCUUCAGGCCACAUCGGAUCAUCCUGGUGCGGCAUGGGCAGAGCGAGGGCAACGUGGACGAGGCGGCGUACACACGCAUCCCCGACUCAAAGAUCGCGCUCACUCGCAAGGGGUGGGAGCAGGCGGUGGAGAGGGGGAGGAAGCUGCGCGAGCUGAUAGAGGCGGAUGGGGAGGAGGACUUCAAGGUCUACUUCUACGUCUCGCCCUACACGCGCACUCUGCAGACACUCAGGGGCGUGGGGUUGGCGUUUGAGAGGGAGAGGAUAGCGGGUGUGAGGGAGGAGCCCCGCAUCCGCGAGCAAGACUUUGGCAACUUUCAGGACAGGGAGAAGAUGAGGAGGGAGAAGAAGGUGCGGCUGAGCUACGGGCGCUUCUUCUACCGCUUCCCCGACGGCGAGUCCGCUGCUGACGUCUACGACCGCGUCACAGGCUUCCGAGAGACACUAAGAGCGGACAUAGACGUGGGGCGGUUUCAGAGGGAGGAGGCAGCAGCGCGCAACAUGAACCUUGUGCUGGUGUCGCACGGGCUCACCCUGCGCGUCUUCCUCAUGCGGUGGUACAAGUGGACUGUGGAGCAGUUUGAAGGGCUCUACAACUUCCCUAAUGCUGGAUGCAUGAUCAUGCAACUUGGUCCUGGAGGCAGGUAUAGCUUGCGUAUGCACCACAGCAGGGAGGAGCUGAGGGCGUUUGGGAUGACAGAGAGCAUGAUCGACGACCAGGAGUGGCAAAUCACGGCCAAGCCAGGGGACUUGAAUCCGUGCUGGCUGACAUCAGGGGCGGGGUUCUUUGACCACUUUGAUGAGAACGAGGAGUGUGGCAUCCAGCGGAAUUACAUACGAAACGGAAACUCGCGGAAGAAUUCUCACCGCCGCCAGGCGCGCAGAUUGCCGCCUGGCCUCGCUCUCCCCGCCGCACUCGUUCCGCUUCUCAUCCCCGCGCCGGCCAUGGCGUCGACGGCCUUCCCCUCGCUCUCCUCCACUGUAGCCCCGCCGCCCUCAGCCCUCUGGUCCGCCAAACUCUCCGCGCCGUACCCGACGAACGCGCCGUGGCAAAACUUCGUGUUGGGCCAGGGUGGCAGCCCGGAGCUCGUGAGCCCGUACGUCGUGCAGAGCGGCGACGGGCGCGUCGCGUGGGGGAUACCAGUGCGCAACGCGCAGCCGGCAUACAUCAUCCAGGCGUUCAUCACCAACCUCAUGCUCUCCACGCUGCAAGGCCUUCCGCCGCACCAGGUCUCCGCCUACGACGAUCUCUCCGUUACCCUCUCCUUCCGCCAGCCCUCCGCCGCGCCCUCCUCGCCCCCCGCGCUCGUGGUUCCGCUGGUGCGCGGGUCCCCCUAUUUGACUUUCAUAUUCCCCCAGGGCGGGCCCCCCGCGACGCCCGUGCUCAAGACGAUCCACGCGAUUCUGAGCGUAGAGGCGCGCGGCGACAGCAAGUACCGCGUCGCGCUCAACAACGGUCAGACGUGGUUGGUGUACCUGUCGUCGCCGCUGGCGCUUCGGCAGGAUGGAUCGUCGAUCGUGGCGGGCGCGCCCUUCACGGGAACGAUGCGCAUCGCGCUGCUGCCGGGGAAAUCCCCACAGCGCGAGGAGGCGCUGCUCGACGCGCACGUGGCGACGGUGCCGGUGGGCGGGCGCGCGCGGGUGGGCGCGUUCCGCAUCAAGUUAAGCUGGCGCACGCAGCAGUGGCGCAAGCUGGCUCCCGGCGACUCCAAGACGCCACUUCUCAUGCUGUCGCUGCCAGUGCACCGGCGCCUGCGAGUGUUUGCGCACAACCCCACCCCAGCCACCGCCCUCCGCCGCCACCGCAGCCUCUCCCCUUCUGAUGACGGCACGGCCGCCAUGCGCGUCUCCGCUGACCCCGCGCCGGCCGGCCUCUCCUCCACGCGCGCUGACGGCGGGUGGGGCGAUUCGGGUUCCGGCGCAAGCGACCCGGCCGCGUCGAACCAGGCAGCCAUGGCAUGGACAUCCGCGUCGUCGUCAGCGUCACAGGCGGCGCAAGAUACGGUGCUGUCAUACCCCACCAUCGACGGACGUGCAAUAGGCGUGAAAGGCGCCAUGUGGGAACUCAAAGUGCCUAAGAGGCCCACGACGUGGCACUCUCCCAAACUCUCGUCCGACCCGCAGUUGACGGACGCGCUACGGGCGAGUCUGAAGCAGGACGUCGCGGCGCUGCCACCGCUCACCACGGCCUCGACGUACUUCUUCGGCAAGGCCGCGGCGCGCGCGGCGCGCCUCGCGCUGAUCGCGGAGCAGGUGCACGACGACGGCAGCCUCGCCGCGGUCCUUCCGCCGCUGCGCGCCGCGCUGACCGCCUGGCUGGAUGGAACCUUCCCCGGAAACCGCCUGCUGUACGAUCCCACGUGGGGCGGCGUGGUUAGCGAAGCCGGGUCGCGCGACAAGGGCGCGGAUUUCGGCCUAGGCAUGUACAACGACCAUCACUUCCACUACGGCUACUUCGUCUACGCAGCCGCGACCGUCGCGAAAUUCGAUCCGAUGUGGGGUAACCGGUAUCGCGCGCAGCUCGCGGCGCUCGUCGCGGACUACAUGUCGGUGAACCGAACCGCGGCGUUCCCAAGGCUGCGCCAUUUCGACGCGUACGCGCUGCACUCAUGGGCGAGCGGGAUAUUCGACUUUGCAGACGGGCGCAACCAGGAGAGCUUCAGCGAAGCCGCGAACGCCUACUACGCCGCGUCGCUCCUCGCGUUCACCUUCGGCGACCUCCCAUUGGCCACGCUCGGCGCCACGCUGGCAGCAGUGGAGGCCGUCGCGGGGCAGACGCUCAUGCAGGUGCCGGUAAAGGGAAGCUCCGCGUCCCCCGCGCCGUCGCUGUCGCCCGCGUACGAGCCGGUAUUCGCGGACGCGAAUCGCAUGCUGGGCAUGGUGUGGUCCACGAAGCGCGAUGCGGGACUGUGGUUCGCGACGCCUGCUGAGCUGGACAAGCGCGUGGGCAUCCAGGUGCUGCCCAUCACGCCCUUCCUCGCGCACCUCUUCCCGGAUCGCGCGUACGCGCGGCAGCUGGUGGAAUGGGCGCAGCCGGUGCUGAGCGGGAGCGGAGUGACGGACGAGUGGCGGGGCUUCGCGUGGGCGCUGCAGGCGCUGUAUGAUCCCCAGGGGGCGCGGAGUCGAAUCGGCGCGCUGAGCGCUUUUGACGACGGCAAUUCCAAGACGAACAUGCUCUGGUGGCUCGCUUCCAACACGCCGUAG